AUGUACACCAAGUACUAUGAAUUUAGCUCACCGUCACUAGUUGAGACGUAUUUCUCAUAUCCUGAGGACAGAUCGACCACGCAUGGAGUUCUCAUCCUCACUGAUGUCAUCGGUCACCGCUUCAUCAACUCACAGCUCAUUGCUGACCAGUUUGCCGCCAACGGGUACAUUGUAGCCAUGCCUGAUCUGUUUCACGGCGACUCGGUCAAGCUUAAUAGGCCCGAGACUUUUAACCUGAUGAGUUGGCUGGAGGGACACCCGAUUGAGAGGGUGGAUCCUGUUGUCGACUCGGUGCUUAAGUAUAUGCGUACACGCCUCGGAUGCGAGAAAAUAGGGGCAGUCGGGUACUGCUUUGGGGCAAAAUACGUGGUCCGAUUUCUGAGGCCCGAAGAAGGCAAGGUCGACGUCGGAUAUAUCGCGCAUCCCGGAUUCGUUGAGCUUGACGAGCUCAGCGCAAUCACCGGCCCCUUGAGCAUUGCAGCUGCAGAGACUGAUGACGUCUUUCCAACGUCAAAACGUCACCAGUCAGAAGGCAUCCUUCGUGAUUCUGGCCUGCCAUAUCAGAUUAAUCUCUAUGGCAGAGUCGAGCACGGGUUCGCCAUUCGUGCAGACCUGACCGAUAAGGCGAAGAAGUUUGCAAAGGAACAGGCAUUCCUCCAAGCAGUUCAAUGGUUCGAUGAAUUCGUCAAGGGUCAAAAUUGA